UUUGAACUAUAGGAUUAACUUACAUAUUUUUGCUCUGCCCUGUAUCUGAAAGUAACGAUAUGGGAAACGCAAUGAUUUUGAGGCUUGAUUAAUUUUAUGUUGGUGUUCUCAAACUCCCUUGCUUUCAAUUGCCAGUAGUGACUGUUACAUCAGCCCGAGAAUGUUCAGUUAAGAAUGUUCUAAUUACAUAUUUGUGAUAUGCAUGUUGAAGGAUUAACUACUGUACUCCACAGUGCUCCUCUCCAAUGUUGAACUGCUACCCUCAGGAGAAGUGAUGUUGCCCACAGUUUCAUCUGCAAUAGCCCGCAGACUUGUUUUCUUAAUCUGGGAGUACACAUGAGGCACCAUGCAACAUUUUGAAUAGCAAAUCAUGAGAGGUUUUCUCCUUGUGAUGCUGAUGUCAUUCACAUAUGUCAGGCACAUCACUUCCUGUCCCGCUUCCUGUGUAGUGUGCUCGGAGGAUGCCAUCAUCUGCCACAAGCUCUCCAACAUCAUAGGAGUUCCCGAGACCACUAAGGUCUUGAUGCUCACAGACGGGCAGAUCAACUCUGUGGGCAAUGGCAACUUCUCGGACCUGUCGAACAUGACCAUGCUGGGCCUGAGCAACAACGCCAUCGCCAACAUCACGGAGAGCGCCUUCCGGAACCUCACGGUCCUCAGGGUGCUGCUCCUGGACCACAACCUCAUCACGAGCGCGUCCAUAUUCAGCUCCACGUUCAGCCAGCUCUGGAGCCUGGAGAUCCUGCAGCUGGGGAACAACGCCAUCCGUGUCAUCGACGGCGGCUGGUUUCGCGACCUGAGGACCCUGCUCACCCUGCAGCUGGAGGGGAACCUCAUCACCAGCCUGGGGUCCGCCACCUUCCGGUCCGCCGACCUGGAGAACCUGGAGACGCUGGACCUGUCGGACAACCUGAUCGAGCACGUGGGCCGCGGAAGCUUCCGGGCCCUGCCCCGGCUGCGCAGGCUGGACCUGUCCCGGAACAGCCUGCGCACGGCCCCGGACGCCUUCUCCUACCUGGCCUGGCUCUCGGCCCUCAACCUGGACCACAACCGGUGGAACUGCACCUGCGAGCUGCAGGAGCUGUCCGCCUUCCUCAGCAGCUACAUGCAGGCCCCGGACAAGGUCCUGUACAACGGCAGGCAGCUGGUCUGCCUGAGCGCCGCCAACCCCGCCGUGCACACCGUGCUGCAGCUCACCGAGGCCAACUGCGUGCCGCCCAACGAGAACAUCACCGUGGUGAUCGCCGCCAAGGGCAGCAUCUCAGCCCACCAGUACGCCAGGGACGUCUCUUUGGCCGCGUUGUUCUUCUUCGCCGGGGGUGUGGGACUAACAGUGGGAGUCCUGUACAUUUUUUACUCCAAACUGGAGCUAAAAGGAGCCUUGAGCGCUUGGAGGGACAGGAACUGGGACGAUGAAGGAGGCGUUCACCUCGGCGGGGCCGUCCAAAAUCGAGGGCUCCCGGAGUGGAGCUUCACAGGGGACGGCAAGACACAGGUCCUCUCCAUAACCCACCCAGGGCAGGAGACCAAGCUGAUGAGUCCAAACAACAGGGAGCUGUCGAACCAGGGGCCCUGGCUCAGAGACGGGGUCCCAUCUGGCCUGGGGCUAGCUGUUCCAAAGCACAAUUUCGUCUGCCAUCACUGCAGUCCAGACUUGGGAGGUCAGGGCCAAUAUCAGAGACAAGGUGGCCGAAGCUCUUUGAACAGGCAAGAGGAUGUCCUGUACCAUCGCAUGGAUUUGGAACAUUUCACAGGAGAUAAACAGCCGUUGAGUCACAUUCGCCACCCACCGCCCUUCCGCAGAGAUGCACCCACUCCGUUCACCGCUACACACGGUGAAACGCAAACGAGCGGAACUCGUAGGGACUUCGGUGGCGGUUACUCCCGCCAUAAUGGCCAUGCCCAGACCCAGAUCCAUACUCUGCCAGACUAUCUCACCAUCCACUGUGCACACUGUCUCAAAACCCACGAGUACAGGCAAGCUGGGAGUACCGUCAGGACUGCCGAAGUGGAGACCACCAAAGAAGGAACUCUCGAGACCAGGUAUUGGAGGACGGGACUGUCGGAACCGAAUGCACAACCAUUCAGAGAGACGGGCCUUAAUGACAAAGAAGGACAUGCAGGUAUGGAGGGUCACGGUAGACAACCUCAUAUAUGGAAUCCUGGAACUAGCAUACCCCUGCAGAGGACUGUGACUUUUAACUUAACAGGGUCUGAUGCGCACAUGAUCACCGCCCCCAAGAAGAAAUCUCUCAAGGUCGAAGGUCAUAAGGUAAGAAGUUCAGAUGUUCAAAAGCGCAAAGAAAAGUACAGGCUAAGUAACGAAAAGGCCGGCAAAGGCAGCAAGCAUGAGAAAGGACCCCAUUUAAAGAGACACAAGCAAAGAGUUCAGUGGUCUAACGGUUUAUUGAAAGUAAAGCUCAACCUGAAUCCCUUUCGGAAAAAUAGAGUCCACCCCAAAGAACACGUCAAACAGGAGGAUGUGCAGUCAGAGCUGGAAAGAGCAGGCACAGAGGCUAAAAAAUCCAAGCUGAGUUCCAAAGACGGAAAGAUACUCAUUAAACAUAGCAUGGAUAACCAUGCUGUGUCAGAAGGAAAGAGAAGAAGUAGUAAGGUAUCCAAGACAGACCAUGCCGAUCAUGCAAAGAAGCUCAGCCAAACAACAUCGACUAAACAAUCACAUGACCUCUCCAUACAGAGGGUUAAAUCUUCCAGGCCGAAGGCCUCCAGAAAAAUUGAUAGAGUUAAGCACAGGAGUAAGCAGGAGUCACAUGAUUUCGAGGCUGUGGAUCAAGAGGUAAGUGAAUCACACAGUCUUCAAAGGAAACAUACAAAGAAAAGAAGACAACAGGAUUUGUCACUGGAAGAUGAUGCAAGGGAAUAUGAGGCAAAUCUUGUGAAGUCACAAGAAGAAAAUUCUCUGUCACUUUCAAAGUCUUCAAAAAGGGGUAAGAAUUCUCGAAAGACUGACGGAAACAAUCAAGAAAGUUCAGCAGAGCUAGAGGGGAAAAGACAGCCUCAGACUGUGAACGUCACACACAAAACAUCAGUUAAAGACGAUUCAAAUGAUGAGACAAGAACACUGGAGUUAAAAGCUGAAGAGCCUUUAGCCAGCUGUGGUGUGGCGAUGUUACAGGAAAUGGCACCCAAAGAAGUCUCGAAUGAAGAUCAACCAGCCAACCUGGAGUUAAGGGAUGCAGAGGAAACACGGCUUGCGCAAGGCGGGACUUCUUUAGCAACUGAAAAAUUGCAUCGUACAGAUGUAACUGAGGAAUCUCUGAGACCCUCUCCGAAUUUGUCUGUGCUCCAAACCCAAGUGCACUCUCCUGAUACAAGUCCAACUCAAGAAGCACAGCGUGCUCACAUGCUGGACCUCGGAGAUGCCCUCGUGGAACAAAAACCUCAAAACACAGAAAACGGCAAGACAGAGUCCAUUCAUGGAGAAGAUCAAAGCGUCAUUCAAGAGCAAACAGCUUUCACUGCAGACGAGUCUGGGAAAGAAUUGGCCAAUACAAUGUCUGUGGAGGGUGGAACCAAACAAUCUUCCUCUGAUUCUGUUGAUUCUGUGAGACCAACACCGGGGGACCAGGAUGAGCAGCACAUUCUGGAAGGGGGCCUGGGACAGGAGGAACCAAAACCGCUGUCUGACCAAGGAAGCACUGACAUGCUACCUAAUCAGGAAUCAGAGGGCAAGAUCAUGGACACAUUGACUGUGGAGGAAGAACCCAAAAAGGAGAAUGCUCCUCUGCUCGACACCCUUCAAGGAGACAACUCAGAUGGGGCGAUGGUGACAGAAGUUCCAGGUACUAGUCCACAAGCCAUUGCAGGACCUGCACCUGCCCUUCCACAGUCACUCAGCACAGAGCCACUUGCGCAUGCAGAGACGGGUGGAAGUUCACUUGGUGACUCGUUGGCUGCGCCAGAUUCUCAACCUGUUCCGGACACCUCAGAUCAAACGACAAUGGGUGGGCCUGGGCCUACCAGCCUUUUGGAUGAGGAAAACCUCUCCAACAACAACAGCAUGACGCCAGACUCACCCCAUCCCAUCAUUAUCCAAGAAUACUUGUCAUCAGCGGCUGGCUCUCCGAAAAGAAAGCUCCGCCUCAUUCUUCCUGAGAGACCAAGGAGCCGACCUAUCACUCCCCUCGACAGGAAAAUACGAUAGACCAGAGGGCUAAUAUUUAUAUAACCUAGGACAGGUCUAUCUCUUUGUAACCGUCCUCAUGAUCUAAUGUUGUUUUUCAGUCAAAUAAUGGCCAUAUGUUUAUUGGAAGAAUGUAAGGAUCAUGCAUAUAUGUACCUUUGUUUUAUCUGUAAAGAUUAUUUGUAAUUAAAUUAUCUACAAGAACCCCAUGACCUUGAAUGUCAACAACAUUUUGAAGACAUGCAGACUUAAGAUUAAAAAACAGUUAAAUAUAUAUUCAUAUUGCUUGUGCAAAAUGCUGUAUAUUUAAAAUAUUGGACUUUUAGGCAAUCCCCGUCUUUGUGUUAAUAUCAAUUUCACAUUGUGUUGAUUAUUUUUUAUGGCAUAUAACAUGUGUAUGUUCUUUUG